AUGGACACAGACCAACAGCAGCAACAGCAGCAACAGCAACAGCAGCAGCAGCAGCAACAACAAGAUGCGCCGAGCUAUGACCGCAUGAGCGAGGAAGAGCGAAGGUUUCACGCAGAGCUGGAGUUUGUACAGGCGCUGGCAAACCCUAGAUACCUCUCAUUCUUGGCGCAGCGUGAGUUCCUCGAGGACACGCGGCUCAUCAACUACCUCAAGUAUCUGCUGUACUGGAAACAGCCACAGUACGCCCAGUACCUCAAAUAUCCACAGUGCCUGUAUUUCUUGGAGCUGUUGCAGAAACCCACAUUUAGGAAAGAGCUCGCAACGGCAGAGUAUGCCGGCUACGUGGAGAACCAGCAGCUCUUGCAUUGGCUCCACUAUACAAACAAUCGCACUCAACCGCCUCAAGCCACUGUUUCUGAAGAGCAAGAGUCAACGUCACAGUGA